AUGUUGAGAAGAGAACCAUUUCUCUGCAAACUCAUCUUUUUGCUCUUCUGUUUCGCUUCGCUCUCACUCGCUGACGAACUCACCGAGUCAGAUCGGCUCGAGUUCACCGCCAACACUUCUAUCCCUAACAAUUCUCUCUCUACACCUAAAGAAGGCAGUAGUUUCGCUGAUAUGAUCGAUAAAGCUCUCGAGAAAGAGUUCACUGAAAAUGACCAAAACGAAGCAACUGAUGCUGGAAGCUUCAAUAACAGCGUAGCUGACAAGCAGGCAGUUUUGGAAACUGUUGCCAGAGUUAAAUCGAAGAAGAAUGACACGAAAGAGGAAAAGUAUACGCUUCUGUCAUUUAAAUUUCAUGAUGUUUUCAAUCUGGACAAUGAUAAUGGAGCAGAAGAUACCCCAACACUGAUAGAUCGAAAGGACAAUGUCUUCAUAAUAUCCAACUUUAAAUCAAAGUAUCCAGUGCUGCAGCUAGAUUUGAGAUUGAUAUCAGAUUUGGUUGUCGUCAUUGUGUCUGCAACUUGUGGUGGCAUUGCAUUUGCUUGUGCUGGACAACCGGUCAUUACUGGAUACUUGCUAGCGGGAUCUAUUAUUGGUCCUGGGGGGUUUAACUUUGUCAGUGAAAUGGUUCAAGUUGAGACAGUGGCUCAGUUUGGUGUUAUCUUUCUUCUUUUUGCCUUGGGCUUGGAGUUUUCAACAACAAAACUUCGAGUUGUCCGGGCAGUUGCUGUUGUAGGAGGUCUGCUUGAAUUAUGUGGGGGUAAGUCUUCAGAGGGUGUGUUUGUUGGUGCAUUACUUUCAAUGUCUUCAACAGCAGUGGUAUUGAAGUUCUUGAUGGAAAAGAAUUCUACUAAUGCCCUUCAUGGGCAAGUCACCAUUGGAACUCUUAUUUUGCAGGACUGUGCUGUUGGUUUGCUGUUUGCACUGCUUCCUGUUCUAGGUGGAACUUCUGGUGCUCUUCAAGGACUAAUGUCCAUGACUAAAGUUGAUAAGCUUGGCUUAAGUCUAGAACUGGGUUCAUUUGCUGCUGGGGUGAUGAUUUCAACUACUGAUCUUGCUCAGCAUACACUAGAACAAAUUGAACCCAUUCGGAAUUUCUUUGCUGCUCUUUUCCUUGCCAGCAUUGGGAUGCUGAUCCAUGUCCAUUUCCUCUGGAGCCAUGUUGAUAUAUUACUGGCAUCUGUUAUAUUGGUUAUCAUCAUAAAGACAGCCAUAAUCACUACAGUUGUGAAGGGAUUUGGUUACAACAACAAGACCGCAAUUCUUGUUGGAAUGUCUUUGGCACAAAUAGGGGAGUUUGCUUUUGUUCUUCUAAGCCGUGCUUCUAAUCUUCAUCUAGUUGAGGGGAAACUUUACCUGCUGCUUCUUGGGACAACAGCUCUUAGCUUGGUGACAACGACUCUGCUUUUCAAGCUGAUUCCUGCUGUAAUGCAUCUUGGAGUGCUGUUACGGUGGUUCCCUCCUGACAGUGCGUUCGAGGUUGGAUCUAAAGGAGAUAGCUUCCGAUCAGACAGUGGUAAACAACGGAUUAGUGUGUUAGUCGAAGGAGAUCAUGACUCAUGA